AUGGAAAACCUUGAAGAACAAGGAAAGAAGCCUGCUAUCCUCGCCAUAGCGGGGGCUGCAGUCGGGCACUUCAUGCCAGUCCUACACAUAACACAGCAUCUCAUCUCUCGUGGGUUUGAUGUGACUAUCCUCCAAGCGUCCUAUUUCAAGCCGCAGAUCGAAGCGAUCGGUGCCCAUUUUCUUGCCUUGGAGAAGGAGUGUGACUGGUGUCAGUACGACCUUGCCCUGGCAGGCAGCCCCGAGGGCAAGUUCCCCGAGAGACUGCAACUCGAGCCAGGCCUUGAGACAUUGGCAUACGACCUGGAGCAUAUUUUUAUGCCAUACAUACCAGCCCAGGCGAGGUCCAUCAGAAAAGCAGUGGAUCACAUACGGGAACGGACAGGGCGCACAGGUGCCCACGAGGUGGUGAUUCUGGCCGAAAACUCAAUCCUGGGAAUUCUGCCCCUAAGAUUGGUUUCAGAUGCCAAAAUCGCAGAGUCCAAAGUUCCGCCAGUUCUAGGACUCAACGUGGUCCCACUCACUUUUGAGAGUGUCGAUGUUGGGCCGUUCGGGACCGGGCUGCCGCCGGACUCGACACCGUCUGGAAGGGCGAGGAACCAAAUGCUUCAUGGGCUUAUACGUAACUUCGUCCUGAAGAAUGCGCUGAAAGCCAUGAGGCGGUAUAUGAUCGAAGCGGGCGCAGAAGAGGAAUGGGUGCCAAAGCCAGGGACUGAAUAUAUGGGCUUCAACAUCACUUACCAUCCUCGUGUUUACGACAAGGUGCUGCAAAUGUGCGGCCCUCAGGUCGAAUUCCCCAGGAGCGAUCUUCCCUCCCAUAUCCAGUUUGCAGGCGGACUGGGCAGGAAGGCCAUCCCGAAAGACUAUCAAUAUCCGGAGUGGUGGCAGGAUAUCAUUGCCAAUGCUUCCUUGUCUCCUGACGAUCCUCGGAAAAAGUCAAUUAUCGUGGUGUCCCAGGGGACGUUCGCGAAUAAUUUUAACGACUUGAUAUUACCAACAGUCGCAGGGAUGAAAGACCAAAACAACAUCCUUACUGUUGCUAUUCUUGGGAAGAAGGGUGCUGUGUUGAAACUGGGACAACACGGACUCACCGAGCUUCCUAGUAACGCUCGUGUGGCCGACUUCCUUUUAUACGACGCUAUCCUACCAUAUGCCGACGUUUGGGUACAGAAUGGUGGCUAUGGUGGCUUCCAGCAUGGCAUCGCAAAUGCAGUCCCGACAGUCUUGGCCGGAGUAACUGAGGACAAGCCUGAGAUUGCGGCCCGGGCAACAUGGGCCGGUGUGGGUAUUUCACUAGGGACCGGCUCCCCUACCCCGGAGCAGGUCCUGAAGGGUGUGAAUGAAGUGCUCGGGAAUGAAAAAUAUAAAUUGAGGUGUGAGGAGCUUAGCAAGGCCAUGGCGGAGUACAAUCCGCUUGGAAGAAUAGAGAAAGAGUUGCUAGCCCUAGCAAACAAGUAG